AUGCCCUCCGCGCAGCUGCCUCCCAACUCAAUCAACUCCCGAUCAGACACAAUGAGCGACUCUUUAAACCCCCCCCUCUCGUACGAGGCCUCUGCCACAACCACUCAUCGCCAUGUUGCAACUACUCUCCCGCCGGAGGUCUCGUCUUGCCUCAAAAACACCCGCUUCCUCCAUCUAGCAACAUGUGAUGGCCUUACUCCCCACAUCUCUCUCAUGUCCUAUACCUAUCUGGCAUCCACACCUUUCGAUCAGUACCCCACGAUCAUCAUGACAACCAAUUCAUCUUCGCGAAAAACCACCCACCUACAAACCAACCCGCGAGUCUCACUUUUAGUACACGAUUGGGUGUCACACCGUCCGCCUACCCGUGCGCCGAACCCUGAGGCUACUCGCGAUGGCUCCCCACCACCAGCAGCAACCCGGUCAUCUCUGGCUAGUCUACUUCUGAAUCUAAACACGAGUGCUCUAUCCAGUAUCUCUACCACAAUCACAGGAGAGGCGCGAUUCUUGGCGGCUGGAUCCGAGGAGGAGACGUGGUGUAAAGAAAGGCACUUAGAAAACAAUACGUUCGAGGAAGAAAUGAGCGCGUUUGGCCAAACACAACAGCCCGGACAGCGCCGACCCAGUAUCUCGAUUGACGAUGAUGUCCGAGUUGUCACAGUCCGUGUACGCGAAGGCAGACUGGCUGACUGGAAGGGAGGUGUAAGGGACUGGCUUGUCGUUCAGGAGGGAGAAGAGCCAUCGAGUGAUAGCCCUGCAAAUGGCGUGGUGCUAUAA